AAACCGACGUGGAGGCUUACCCACAUGACAAAGCUUAGUGGCCGAGUCGCAUGAGCCUCUAAAGCCAUCCCCGCCUCCUCCUCCUCCUUCGUUUUCCCGUUUCUCAUGAAGAUCCGCUUCCUCUCUCUCUGAUUCUUCUGAUUUUACUGCACCAACAGUAGCCAGAAGCUUUUUUCACCUUUGUUUUUGCAGAAAAUGGAAGCUGAGCAAGGGGCUAUGGGCGCCAAGAAGAGAGGGGUCGAAGGAGAGAGAAGGUACAAAGGGAUUAGGAUGAGGAAGUGGGGCAAGUGGGUCGCUGAAAUCAGAGAACCCAAUAAGCGUUCCAGGAUUUGGCUCGGAUCCUAUUCUACCCCCGUCGCCGCCGCCAGAGCCUACGACACCGCCGUUUUCUAUCUCAGAGGACCCUCCGCUCGCCUUAAUUUCCCGGAGCUUCUCGCCGGAGAAGGCUGCCUGGCCGCCUCCGGCGACUUGUCGGCGGCUUCGAUUCGUAAGAAAGCUAUCGAAGUCGGCGCCAGAGUGGACGCCCUGCAGGCUGUCCCCCACCACCACCCGUCAGCGGAGGCAUCGGAGCUCAUACCUCGCGGUGCCGGAGCAUGUGUUGACCUGAACAAGAUGCCCGAACCCGAGAACCCGGAGUGUAACUGAGGUGUGGGUGGUGACUAACAUGCGCCACGGAGGUUGUACGGCGGCUGAAGCAGAGUGAUGUUGAUGAAGCCUUCCUGAGGAAUACUGUACUCUAUCUUCUUCCUUUCUCCCGCCUCUCCUGCUUCGCUCGUAGUAUUUCCUAUUUAGAUUUUACAGAAGAAAUUUUGGCGUUGUAAAAAGAUGUUAAAUGUAAAUUAUUUAGUUAAAAGCAGCUCCUUUUAACUCUUCACUCUUC